AAGCUCUAAUUCAAUUUCCACUUCGGACUCUGCAUUCGCAAUUCCGGACUAGAGAAAACGCGACAUCAAAUCAUGGCCAGGGAAGACGCCCUCUAGAGACGAGGAAUCGCUUACAGAGAAGAUGACCAGAGUAAACUCUGUAACGUCGAAUCCUUCCAAAGUUUCCGCGACACCGAAUCCUAUCUCUCUGUUCUAGACUAGAGAAGGCGACGCAGCUAAGUAAGGUCUCCGGCCGCGAAUUUAGGCGGUUGAAGUUAGAGGGCGAAGUGAAACUCGGUGUAUUCUUGGUUUUGUUCGUUGGUUUUUCUUUUUAAAAUGGAGGAACCAAAGCAUAAGUUGUCUAAGCGCCCAGACACUGAAAAGGAGGUGGAGGAGCCUCGGCGGAAGAGCCACCAUGACCGGGAUGAUUACCACGGCCAUGAAAAAGAGAGGAAUGGGGAGAGGCACAAGGAUAGAGACAGGAAACACUACCGUGAUAAGGAUUCCCAUGGUAAGGAAAAAAAUGUUGAGGAAAAUGACGAUGAUAAUCAUUUUGGUGCUGAUGUAAGAGAUCGUGAUAGAAAGAGGAGGAUUGAGCAUGAUCACAAAAGCAGGGAUCCCGAAAGAAGCAAGAAAUCUAAGAAGCUCAUUGAAGAAAGUGAAGAUGGUAACCCACCGAAAAGAAGUGAAGGAUCACUAGAAAAGAAACAGAAAAAUCUAGAAGAAGAACAAGUUGAGGAACACAGGAAACUGGAAGAUGAGAUGGAGAAACGAAGAAGGAGAGUUCAAGAGUGGCAAGAGUUGAGAAGAAAAAAGGAGGAGUCAGAUAGAGAAAAGCUUGGAGUUGGAGUUGCAGCAAUUACUGAAGAACCUAAGUCAGGCAAGACAUGGACAUUGGAAGGAGAAUCAGAUGAUGAAGAUGCUGCAUGUGAGGAAAGACAAGGAGUUGAUAUGGAUGUAGAUGGACCUGCUAAGCAUUUGGAUGGAGAUGGAGGUGCCCUAGUCACUAAUGAUGUUUCUGAUUUAAAAGUUGCGCAGAAUGGAGGUAGUGCUAUGGAUGAUGAAGAUAUAGAUCCUCUAGAUGCAUACAUGAAUGGUAUUGUGUUGCCCGAAGUUGAAAAGCUUAACACUGUUGCAACUUCAUUUGAAGGUAUGGAGCGUGGUGUAGAAGAUGAAAAUGUCAUGAGCAACAAAGAGAAGGGCAUGAGAAAAGCAACAGGAAGAAUCAUACCUGGUGAAAAUUCUGAUUCAGAUCUUGAUGAAGUUAAGAAUGAUGAAGAUCAUUUAGAGGAUGAAGAUGAUGAAGAAUUUAUGAAACGCGUGAAGAAGACCAAGGCUGAGAAACUUUCUAUUGUUGACCACUCAAAAAUUGAUUAUCCUUCUUUUAGAAAGAACUUUUAUAUUGAAGUGAGGGAAAUUUCAAGAAUGACAUCAGAAGAGGUGGCCAACUAUAGAAAGCAAUUGGAGUUGAAGAUUCAUGGAAAGGAUAUACCAAAGCCAGUUAAAACAUGGUAUCAGACUGGAUUGUCCACUAAGAUAUUGGAUACAAUAAAGAAACUUAAUUAUGAAAGGCCAAUGCCAAUCCAGGUUCAGUCUUUGCCAGUAAUCAUGAGCGGUCGAGAUUGUAUUGGUAUCGCAAAGACGGGUUCUGGAAAGACGUUAGCUUUUGUGUUGCCAAUGUUGAGACAUAUUAAGGAUCAGCCACCACUUGCUCCCGGAGAUGGACCUAUUGGACUUGUCAUGGCUCCUACAAGAGAGCUUGUGCAGCAAAUACAUAGUGAUAUAAGAAAGUUUUCGAAGGUUGUAGGUCUUAGCUGUGUUCCUGUGUAUGGAGGUUCAGGUGUUGCUCAGCAAAUUAGCGAGUUGAAACGAGGAGCGGAGAUUGUUGUUUGUACUCCAGGCAGGAUGAUUGACAUUCUUUGUACUAGUGGGGGAAAAAUAACAAAUCUACGAAGAGUCACAUAUUUGGUCAUGGAUGAAGCUGACCGAAUGUUUGAUAUGGGCUUUGAACCUCAGAUAACAAGAAUUGUUCAAAAUACUCGCCCAGACCGCCAAACUGUAUUGUUUUCUGCUACUUUUCCUCGUCAGGUUGAGGCGUUGGCGCGUAAAGUGUUGAACAAACCUGUUGAGAUUCAGGUUGGUGGAAGGAGUGUCGUGAACAAAGAUAUAACCCAAUUAGUUGAGGUGAGGCCAGAGGGUGAAAGGUUCUUUAGACUGUUGGAAAUACUUGGAGAAUGGUCCGAGAUAGGGAAAAUUCUGAUAUUUGUCCACACUCAGGAUAAAUACCGCCAAACUGUAUUGUUUUCUGCUACUUUUCCUCGUCAGGUUGAGGCGUUGGCGCGUAAAGUGUUGAACAAACCUGUUGAGAUUCAGGUUGGUGGAAGGAGUGUCGUGAACAAAGAUAUAACCCAAUUAGUUGAGGUGAGGCCAGAGGGUGAAAGGUUCUUUAGACUGUUGGAAAUACUUGGAGAAUGGUCCGAGAUAGGGAAAAUUCUGAUAUUUGUCCACACUCAGGAUAAAUGUGAUGCUUUAUUUAAGGACUUGUUAAAGCACGGCUAUCCUUGCCUUUCACUUCAUGGUGCAAAAGAUCAGACUGAUCGUGAGUCCACUAUUGCAGAUUUUAAAAGUAAUGUAUGUCACAUUUUGAUUGCAACUAGUAUUGCUGCUAGAGGUUUAGAUGUAAAGGAGCUUGAGUUGGUGAUAAACUAUGAUGCUCCGAACCAUUAUGAAGACUAUGUUCAUCGUGUUGGACGGACUGGGAGAGCUGGUAGAAAGGGCUGCGCUAUCACAUUUAUAUCUGAUGAAGAUGCAAGAUAUGCACCAGAUCUCGUAAAGGCUUUAGAACUCUCUGAGCAAGUUGUUCCUGAUGACCUGAAAAAACUUGCUGAGGGUUUCAUGGCAAAGGUUAAUCAGGGACUUGAACAGGCUCAUGGUACUGGUUAUGGAGGCAGUGGCUUUAAAUUUAAUGAAGAGGAGGAUGAAGUGAGGAAAGCCGCAAAGAAAGCUCAAGCUAAAGAGUAUGGAUUUGAGGAAGACAAAUCGGAUUCGGAGGAUGAGGAUGAUGGAAUCAGAAAGACAGGAGGUGAUGUCUCUCAGCAGGUGGCAGUGGCAGCUGCUCUUGCUGCUGCUGCCAAAGCCAAUGUACCUCAAAUUGCAGUUCCAGUCCCACCUACUCAGCUGCAGCCUCAUACUGGAUUACCCGGUCCUCUUGGCAAUAUUCUUAUUCAAGGAAAUGGACUGCUAAUGGCCCCUAAUGAUAGAUCUGCCACAACAGCUGCAAUUCUCGCGGCUAAGAAUUUGCAGCAGAACUUGGCCAAGAUUCAGAAUGAGGCCAUUCCCGAGCAUUUUGAAGCGGAGUUGGAAAUAAAUGAUUUCCCCCAAAAUGCUCGGUGGAAGGUGACACACAAAGAGACCUUGGGUCCUAUAUCAGAAUGGACAGGAGCUGCGAUCACGACCAGAGGUUUACAUAUCCCACUUGGAAAGUCACCGGGACCAGGGGAAAGAAAACUCUACUUGUUCAUUGAGGGUCCCACAGAACAAUCUGUCAAGAGGGCCAAAGUUGAGUUGAAACGUGUUUUGGAGGACUUAACCAUGCAAGCAACAUCACUUCCAGGCUCUGCUCAGCCAGGACGGUACUCAGUUGUGUAAGUUUAUUUCCGCUCAAGUGGACUUUGGUUGCUGCUGCUAAUUUUUGCAUUUGGUCAAUUUACACCCAAGGGUGAGAAGAAAAAACUGCUCCUAAUUUUUGCAUUGACGCUGUGGAUUUUGGAGGUAGGAAAGCUCUUGUAGGUCACAAUGUUUAUAAUUUGUUGUUGCACACUUGUAUUUUGGCCUGCCUGCCAAUCCCCUUCCAUUGCUGACUUUUGUAGUAUUCUGUUGGGUAGCGUUUCUUUACAUUUGUAAUACAAGAGUAUUGUUCAAACUAUGGCCUUUUUGUUAUAUUUGCACAACGAACGCAACUGCAAAGCUCUUCACACUUCCUUUUAGUCUAUCUAAAAAAAAUUGUCAUACAACAUUUUCCUUACCAAAUAAAGGAUGUGUGGUACU